AUGACCGACUACACCGACACAAACACCUACGGCACCACAGGUACCGCCUACGGCACCGCCGGCAACACCUACGACAACACGGGCACUGCCUACGGCACCACGGGCUACGGCACGACCGCCCGCGACUACGACACAACCGGCUACGGAACAACAGGCUACGGCACCACGGGCUACGGCACCACUGGCUACGGAAGCCGCUACGGGUCCAACGCGUACGACAACACCUACGGCACAACGACCUACGACAACGGCUACGGGACCACAGCGUAUGACCCCAGUACUGGGGCGUACGAUCAGCACAUGGAUUAUCGGACUGAUGGGAGCCAGAGACAUCAUCGGGAGCGGGUGAAUCCGAGUGGGACGUAUCGGCAUCGGGAUGUGGAUAGACGGGAUGAUGGAAGUACGAGGGUGCAUAGGGAGUAUGAUAAUCCGAAUACCGGGACGAGUUAUCAUCGGGAUUUUGAGCGGUAA